AUGAAAUCGCAGGCGCCCACCGCGGCACAUUUUCGGCUCUCUUCCAGCUGCCGCUGUCCCGCGGGGGAAUUUGUCGAUACGCUAUAUGAGGCCGCGCCGCUGCCGCCCGACCUGCCAGAGCGCAUAUCCUACUUCAACAACUACAAACCACCCGACGAGGCCAUCCUCAGAAGGGGCGGCUCCUCUACCUUCUACGAUUCGGUGCGCAAACCCAAGCCCGGCUGGGACCCCAAGACCCCGCGCUGCGACCGCAGCAACCAGCAACUCGCUCGCGACGAAAUAUGGAGAGAGGAGGAGCACAAGCCAGUUCCGACGAUAUCGUCUCUAGAGUACGGCCGACCAUGCCGACCUCUGCUGGACGAACGCUGCAGCAGGUAUGGUCGCGUCGAGGAGUGCAAGACCUUUAGGUCACGGCGCGGCAUCAACCUGGAGCCGGAUCCAGGACGGCCUUGCGAGGCAACCAAGCCGCCCAGCGCAGAACUCUGACCGCACCUCAUCGUCAGAUACCCUCAGGGACAGUGUCGACACUUCUAUCGGCCUUCCCU